AUGCUAACACUUAUUCGUGUUACUGGUUGUGGCAUAAAUCGCUGUGGAACGCUGGCAAUAUUACGCAAAAGUGUGCCAUCGAAACAGCCAUGCCGAUUAUUCACGAAAUGGACUAAGCGUUAUGUAAAGUCCAAGAAUGCAAUGUAUUAUUUGGGAAGCGUUGGUGUGCUAUUCUUCAGUUUUGCAGUACUUUCUGUACCAGCAUAUCGAGUUGCUGAUGAUAUGGAACGCGUUGCAUCAAUGGAAAAAAUCAAGGAUCGAUUGAUACGCGUGUCUUUUAACGCUGACCUUCACUCUGCCUUGAAAUGGCAGUUUAAACCAUUGCAAAAAGAAAUUUAUGUGCACCCAGGAGAGACGGCACUUAUUUUCUACAGUGCUUAUAAUCCGACGGACAAGCCGGUGGUUGGUAUUAGCAGCUACAAUGUCACACCUUUUCAGGCGGCAUAUUAUUUUAACAAAAUUCAAUGUUUCUGCUUCGAGGAUCAGAUCCUUAAUCCGGGAGAACAGGUAGAUUUGCCUGUUUUCUUCUAUAUCGAUCCUGACUAUACAAGUGAUCCGGACUUGGAGUAUACGGAUAGUUUAGUAUUGAGUUAUACAUUUUUCGAAUCAAAACCAGAUCUUGCUUUACCAGAUCCAUUUGAUCCAAGCAACCAACCCAGUAUAAAGCGAAACGCAAGUAGUGUUAAUAAAAAGGUGGAGAAAAACUAA